GCGCCCUGGUCCCCCUGCGGCCUCAGAGCCCACUCCGCCAGCCGGUGGUCACACCACGCAGAGAACGGGUCCAUUGUGAACCUGCCUGGGUCCUCGGGGGGCCCGGGCGGAGUGGUCUUGCUUUGGGGGAGGGGCAGGCCGCAGACGUGUUUUCCGGUGGGAUGUCUGCGGAGUGCGCGCUUGGGAGGCCGCGCUUGGGAGGCCGCCCCACGUGUGGUCGGAAUGGGCCAAGGAGUCCCUGUCCAGGAAGUGGACGCCCUUGGGCCGGGGUCGUCACAGACUGGUGGGAGGAAGGAAGGAGGGAGCGGCGCGGGUUCUGUCUCUGCACUGGAGCCCCCAUCCCUCUUUCCGCCCAAGGAUGCUGAGGCGAGCUCGCCCACGUUCUGGGUUGUGCCUGCUGGAGCGCGGCCAGCCUCCUCUAGAGGCUGAGGCCAGACCAGGGCUGAACACGGCCUGGCAGUGCGCAGCCGCCCUUUGCUUCCGAUGCCUCCCCACGGCCCAGCGCUUGCUGCGUCUGUAACCUCUCAAGUCAGAUCCAUGCCCUUAGGGAGGGGCAGGGACGGUGCUUCGUGCAGUGGAAGGAAGGGCCUAGGGGAUGGGCCCCGAGGGGGCUGGGCACACUGCUGGCUCCCAUGGCUCAUGGCAGCCCCAGCACCCAGCACAGCCCUCCCCAACUUCUGGCUGCUUGAGGGUUUAUCUGGAUCUGCAGGGCCCCUCCCCUAUAGCAGGCACCAUCCCACCCCACAACCCACCUCUGCCGUGUAAAAACCCUUGAGGAGUUCUUCGUUUUUUUUGAGAUGGAGUUUCACUCUUGUUACCCAGGCUGGAGUGCAAUGGCACGAUCUCGGCUCACAACCUCCGCUUUCUGGGUUCAGGUAAUUCUCCCGCCUCAGCCUCCUGAGAGGCUGGGACUACGGGCAUGCGCCACCAUGCCCAGUUAAUUUUUUUGUAUUUUUAGUAGAGAUGGGGUUUCACCAUGUUGACCAGAUGGUCUCAAUCUCUUGACCUCGUGAUCCACCCGCCUCGGCCUCCCAAAGUGCUGGGAUUACAGGUGUGAGCCACUGCGCCCGGCCGAGGGGCUUUUCUUGAGCUGUCUUUGAUAUCUGUGACCCUGGUCCUGGAAAGGGGCAUCUGAAAAGGCCCUGAAGAGCAGUUGGGCAUCUGGCAGUGUCAGCUGGGAGACGCUGGGCUGGACAGACGCACUGCAGGGCAGAUGCACAGGCCGUGUCUGGAGCCCUCAGAUGAGUGUGACACCUGGUCCUACAGAAAAGCUAACAGGGCAGAACCCUGGUCUCCAACUGUAUCUCCUCCUCUGAGCUGUCUCACCGCCAUGGGCCUCAGCCAGGACUUCCUGGGGAGGGAGGGGCCAUCAGCCGCCUGCUGGAAGCCACCAGCUGUUUAGCCCAGUGUACUGCUUCCGGAGGUGGUGGGGGGGGACAAUGUGUCAUAAAUCCAUGUUUAUAAAGCAGGCCUGGAUGUGAUCCCACACCCUCCCUGCUUAUCCCCUGCUAUGCAACCCAAACAAUGCCUCUCUCCUUCCUGUGGGAACAGCCCCCCAUCCCCCCCAGUGCUUCCCCUAAAUCUAGCAGGGAAACUGAGGCCCCAGUUGAGCCUAUAUCUUGAUGGGCAGGGACAGGGUGGGUGUUGCUUUGUACUUACAUUUAUUCUGAUUUUACAAGUGAUACGUGAUCCUUGUAGAAAUCAUGGGGAGUCCAGAGGCUCCCAGAGGCGUGUUUUUAUCCCCCCAUUUCUGAUGAGGAAAGAGACUCAGAGGGCAGACUGGCCCCUGCCCCAGGAGGAGGAGGGGCGGCGCCAGGGCGCCAGCAACCAACCAACUUCUCCAGAUGUUCUGGCCUGAGUGCUGGGGCUUGUGCAAUCUCUGGGUACCCCCCCCACUUCCUGGUUUGUGGUCUAAAGCUCCCACCUCAGGCUGGAAGUGGGGGAUGAGCGUUCCAACUGUGGCCUGCAGAGUGGGCUGGUGGGCUGGUCUGUGGCGAGAGGCCAGAGGAGGUGGUGCCAGGUGAGACAGGCCUCCUCUGCUCCCAUUUUGCCCCAGUGCUGGGCUGGAAUAGGCUUGUUGGAGGAGUCCAAGGGUAUCAGUUGAAGAUGGAGAUGAGGACACCCUUAGGCUUUGAAAGGAGUCAAGGCAGGGCUGGGCACAGUGGCUCACGCCUAUAAUCCUGGCACUUUGGGAGGCUGAGGCAGGUGGAUCAUGAGGUCAAGAGUUUAAGACCAGCCUGGCCAACGUGGUGAAUCUGUUUCUCUACUAAGAAUACAAAAAUCAGCUAGGUGUGGUGGCACGUGCCUGUAAAUCCCAGCUACUUAGAAGGCUGAGGCAGGAGAAUUGCUUGAACUCAGGAUGUAGAGGUUGCAGUGAGCCAAGAUUGCCACUGCACUUCAGCCCGGGUGACACAGUCAGACUCCUUGUGGGAUGGAGAGGGGAGCAAAGGCUGGGCAUGGUGGCUCACGCCUGUAAUCCCAGCACUUUGGGAGGCCGAGGGCGGGGUGCGGAUCACCUGAAGUCAUGAGUUUGAGACCAGCCUGGCCAACAUGGUGAACCUCCCAUCUCCACUAAAAAUACAAAAAACUAGCUGGGUGUGGUGGCACAUGGCUGCAAUCCCAGUUACUCGGGAGGCUGAGGCAGGAGAAUCGCUUGAACCCAGGAGGUAGGGGUUGCAGUGAGCUGAGAUCACGCCACUGCACUCUAGAAUAGGUGACAGAGCGAGACUCCAUCUCAAAAAAAAAAAAAGGCGAGUCAAAAGGCUAGUAUUGGUACUCCAGUGAGCAGCCCUGUCUCCCCACCUCCACAACAGGCCACAGGCUGUGGAGCGGCUGGAGCUGCCUCUGGCUGUAGGAGGUGGCUGUCAGUCAGUCACUGGGGCCUUUAUAAGCAAGUCCUCGAGAGGUGUGGCUUUAUCGGCUGCAGAAGCUUAGGAUUCUGGUAUCAUCUUCACGGCCCUGGAGUGCCCAGCACACUAACUCCAUCUCUUUCUGAUGGAGGGGGGCUCUGACAGCUGUUGAAGCGGGUGUCAGGUCAGAGGCCUUGGGACCCUCUACACAGCCGUGAGCGGACUGCUUCCCAGUAGGAUGGCUGCUGACCUCUUCACUGGUCUCUGGGGUCCUCUUUGUCCAGCAAGCCCUGAAGGGUCAAAGCUUCCUUGGGCAGAGAAGACAGCCACUGGGCAGACUGAAGUGGGGUGUGGGUGAUCUGCAUUCUCCCUGCAUGGGUCUGUACUGCCAGUACUGCUGGGUCCUGGGCCCAGGUGCUUAUGGGAACCCCUUGCUAAACCCUGGGAUAUGGGGAGGGGGCAGCUGCCUCAGAAAUAGCCUGUGACUUCAGGCCACUGGCUGGCCUGGCCCACUUCUGCCUCUUCCCCAAAUAGCCAGGAGCUGGUCAUGGGCCCAUCCCUGCAGCUCUGCUCCCCAUGUAGGAGCAGUUUCUUAUGAUCCUUCCAGGGACUUUCCAAAGCCCAGGGUCUGACCCCUUGGGGUGGUUACCUGUGGCCUGGAAACUGAGCUGAGGAUUUUGGAGUAGCUGUUGGGAACUCCUCUUACUGGUCAGGGCUCCUAUUACCUCGUGUCCUGGUUUGAGGUCCACAAACUCGACCAUGUCGACUGUGUGCUGUCAGUCCUGAGCACAUGUAUAUUGACCCCCUCUGGUCAUCCUUUUUGGAAAUAGAUGCUUGGUGCCACAAGGAAAAAUUAGCACUGGGAAGAAGGAUCUCUCAGCAACACAGUUUUUAACCUCCUGGACUGCAGGAUGGGUACUUCUGGUAGCCAUGGUGCCACUUCCUGCAGUCCAGGAAGUAAAAAUUGCGUUGCUGAAAGAUCCUUUGUCUCAGUGUUAAUUUUUCUCACUCAGGAGGUCAGGGUGGGCUGAGAGCCUGGGGAUUCCUGGACACAGGCUCUGAGGUGGGGAUUUGCCUGUAGGGGCAGACCAGGGCAUGCUUUCCACUGAAGGCAACUCCUCGGUGGGGGGUGUUUCAGCUCUGAGCCAGCUGAGGCUGGUGCUCCUGGCAGCUGGCAAUGAGUGUCUGGGUCUUGGAGCGGGUCUGGGUGGAGCCUGACAGCGUCCACUGCAGAAGGAGACCUGCUGACACCAGAUGCCCAGCUGUGGCAUGCCUUGGAGGCAAGCCUAGGCCCCAGCUUUCCAGAGAGGACACGCUAGCUGGCCCUGCCAGCGUCGUCUGGGCAUCCAGGCCCAGUAGGGCUUGAUUAUUCCUGGCAGGGGUCAAGAAUGCUAGGCACGGAGACUGUCCUGUCUCUGGCUGUGAGCCUGGCAUGGGUGAGGUGGCACGUGCAGGCUACCAGAGCCCCGAGUGUUGCCACGGGGGCAGGCUCCCUUUCACCCAAUGUCCCUGACACAUAGGCAGUCCUACCCCCAGUGGAGUUCCCCUCCACCCCCCCAAAAGCUUUCACUGUCUCCUACAGGAGUAGGAUGUUGGCAUUGCUUGUGUUAGGAGAGGCCCACUAUGUGCAGGUGUGGACAAGGAUCUGGGCAGCUCCCGGUGAAUGUACCAGCACCUUUAGUUCAUAUUUUCCCCUUUCUUUUCUGUGGAGCCCAGGACCAGGCCAUUGUCUGCAUUGGGCAUUGGGUGCAACUGCUCAGUUUGGAGAGGGCUGGUGCCUGCCAGGCCCAGAGGAUGAUACUGAAGCCGCAGCAGCCUUGUGACCAGCACAGGGCCUGAAGAUACAUUUUUCCGAGGCCUGAGGGACUACUCUCUAAGAGGGGUCCUUAUGGACCCAUGGGAAGAAGGGAUCCCUGCACCCUCUAUCCAGAAGAAGCUUCGGCCCCCUCACCACUCAGAGCUCCUGGACAGCCCUGCCUGUACUCUGCUGUUGGCACCCCUGUCCCCCCACCCCUGGGUUAGCCCACCCAGUAUCAGGAGGCAAAUGCUGGGAAACUUCCAGCAGCCCCAGCUGAAAGCAGAGGGCCAUUUUGAGUCCAACCCAGAGAGUGCGGGGAUACGAGCCCACCCCAGGGUGGUGGCUGAGCUCUGAGAUGGUGGGAAGAGCCCAGAGUGGACAGCGGACAUGGCGCUGCCUCUGCUCAGCGACUCAGGUGGGGCCGGUGCAGCCUGGCCUGAGUGCUGGGGGACCAGGGCUUCUGGGGGUGGGGACACGGGGCCUGGGAACGGGCAGUUGCUCCAGUUCUGAACUGAUCGUGUGCAUCAGUGUACAAUUUUGUGUGGACAUGUGUGAGUGGCAGGAGUACAUACCCAUGAAAGAUGUACAUGAGUGGGUGGGUGCAUGUGAGUGUGUGCUUGGGUGAGCGAAUGAAAUGCAUGAAAUGAAUGAAGGUGGGGUGUGUAUGAUUGAGUGUUCAGUGGCGUGUGCACACGUAUGUGUGUGAGGGAAUGUGAGUGCUCACGUGUAGGACCGGGUGACUGGGAUACAGGACUCAUCAGUGUGGGCCUCUGGAGGAGGUCUGGUUGAGGGGAGCCAGGGAUACCCACCCAUCCUCCACUCUCUACCCCCACCUGCCUUCUCUCCUUACUCCCCCUCUUCUCAGCACAAAUCAGGGCAGGACAGGUCGGGCCUCAGUCUGGAGCCAGGGAGAGGUGGAGCCGCCCAUCGUUGAUGCUCCCACCAGGCCCUCGGUCCGGCCGAGGCGCUCGCGACCUCAGCCACAGGUGUCCUUCUUCGCGAACGGACAAUGGGGAGAGCGGAGCCCAGCGGCCUUCCCGGAGGAGGUGACUGGAGCCAGGCAGGCGGGAGGCGCGCAUUCCUGAGCCCUGAGUCAGCGUGGCCGCCCCCUCCGGCCGGGCCCGCCCCCGGCGCGCACGCCCCUCGCUCCAUGGCAUUCCCGGGCGGGCGGGGACUCGGCGCGGGCGCCCUCCCGGCCAGCAGCGGCAGCCCCUCCUCCCCGGCGCCCUCCGGACCCCCGAAGGACCCCCUGCGGCGGCCUGCCCCGCUCUGCUGGGAACCAUGAGUGAGGCCCGCCGGGACAGCACAAGUAGCCUGCAGCGCAAGAAGCCGCCCUGGCUAAAGCUGGACAUUCCCUCUGCAGCACCCGCGACAGCAGAAGAGCCCAGCUUCCUGCAGCCCCUGAGGCGACAGGUUUUCCUGAGGAGUGUGAGUAUGCCAGCGGAGACAGCCCACAUCUCUUCGCCCCACUAUGAGCUCCGGCGGCCGGUGCUGCAGCGCCAGACGUCCAUCACACAGACCAUCCGCAGCAGCCGACAAGUACGCUUCGGGCGCGUCCACACUCUACCCCUCUUGGGUCCCUGGGCUGCCCGCAGGGCCCUCCCACAGCGCCAGUCUCUCUCUCGGUCCCUGCUCAGGGGGGCCGCUGACUGGUUUGGAGUGAGCAAGGAGAGUGACAGCACCCAGAAAUGGCAGCGCAAGAGCAUCCGUCACUGCAGCCAGCGCUAUGGGAAGCUGAAGCCCCAGGUCCUCCGGGAGCUGGACCUGCCCAGCCAGGACAAUGUGUCGCUGACCAGCACCGAGACACCACCCCCACUGUACGUGGGGCCAUGCCAGCUGGGAAUGCAGAAGAUCAUAGAUCCCCUGGCCCGUGGCCGGGCCUUCCGGGUGGCAGAUGACACUGCGGAAGGCCUGAGUGCCCCACACACUCCUGUCACGCCAGGUGCUGCCUCCCUCUGCUCCUUCUCCAGCUCCCGCUCAGGUUUCCACCGGCUCCCGCGGCGGCGCAAGCGAGAGUCGGUGGCUAAGAUGAGCUUCCGGGCAGCCGCGGCACUGAUGAAAGGCCGCUCUGUUAGGGAUGGCACCUUGCGCCGGGCACAGCGUCGAAGCUUCACUCCCGCCAGCUUUCUGGAGGAGGACACAACUGAUUUCCCUGAUGAGCUGGACACGUCCUUCUUUGCCCGGGAAGGUAUCCUCCAUGAAGAGCUGUCCACCUACCCGGACGAAGUUUUCGAGUCCCCAUCGGAGGCAGCACUCAAGGACUGGGAGAAGGCGCCGGAGCAGGCAGACCUCACCGGUGGGGCCUUGGACCGCAGUGAGCUUGAGCGCAGCCACCUGAUGCUGCCCCUGGAGCGAGGCUGGCGGAAGCAGAAGGAGGGUGCGGCAGCCCAGCAGCCCAAGGUGCGGCUCCGACAGGAGGUGGUGAGCACCGCGGGGCCGCGGCGGGGCCAGCGCAUCGCGGUGCCGGUGCGCAAGCUCUUUGCCCGGGAGAAGCGGCCGUAUGGGCUGGGCAUGGUGGGACGGCUCACCAACCGCACCUACCGCAAGCGCAUUGACAGCUUCGUCAAGCGCCAGAUUGAGGACAUGGACGACCACAGGCCCUUCUUCACCUACUGGCUCACCUUCGUGCACUCGCUCGUCACCAUUCUAGCCGUGUGCAUCUACGGCAUCGCCCCCGUGGGCUUCUCGCAGCAUGAAACGGUGGACUCGGUGCUGCGGAACCGCGGGGUCUACGAGAACGUCAAGUACGUGCAGCAGGAGAACUUCUGGAUCGGCCCUAGCUCGGAGGCCCUCAUCCACCUGGGCGCCAAGUUUUCGCCCUGCAUGCGCCAGGACCCGCAGGUGCACAGCUUCAUUCGGGCAGCGCGCGAGCGCGAGAAGCACUCGGCCUGCUGCGUGCGCAACGACAGGUCGGGCUGCGUGCAGACCUCGGAGGAGGAGUGCUCGUCCACGCUGGCAGUGUGGGUGAAGUGGCCUGUCCAUCCCAGUGCCCCAGAGCUUGCCGGCCACAAGAGACAGUUUGGUUCUGUCUGCCACCAGGAUCCCAGGGUGUGUGAUGAGCCCUCCUCUGAAGACCCCCAUGAGUGGCCAGAAGACAUCACCAGGUGGCCGAUCUGCACCAAAAACAGUGCCGGGAACCACACCAACCAUCCGCAUAUGGACUGUGUCAUCACAGGGCGGCCCUGCUGCAUCGGCACCAAGGGCAGGUGUGAGAUCACCUCCCGGGAGUACUGUGACUUCAUGAGGGGCUACUUCCAUGAGGAGGCCACACUCUGCUCUCAGGUGCACUGCAUGGAUGAUGUGUGUGGGCUCCUGCCUUUCCUCAACCCUGAGGUGCCUGACCAGUUCUACCGCCUGUGGCUGUCCCUCUUCCUGCACGCCGGGAUCCUGCACUGCCUGGUGUCCAUCUGCUUCCAGAUGACCGUCCUGAGGGACCUGGAGAAGCUGGCAGGCUGGCACCGUAUAGCCAUCAUCUACCUGCUGAGUGGUGUCACUGGCAACCUGGCCAGUGCCAUCUUCCUGCCGUACCGAGCAGAGGUGGGUCCAGCUGGCUCCCAGUUUGGCAUCCUGGCCUGCCUGUUUGUGGAGCUCUUCCAGAGCUGGCAGAUCCUGGCACGGCCGUGGCGUGCCUUCUUCAAGCUGCUGGCUGUGGUGCUCUUCCUCUUCACCUUUGGGCUGCUGCCCUGGAUCGACAACUUUGCCCACAUCUCAGGGUUCAUCAGCGGCCUCUUCCUGUCCUUCGCCUUCUUGCCCUACAUCAGCUUCGGCAAGUUCGACUUGUACCGGAAACGCUGCCAGAUCAUCGUCUUUCAGGUGGUCUUCCUGGGCCUCCUGGCUGGCCUGGUGGUCCUCUUCUACGUCUAUCCUGUCCGCUGCGAGUGGUGCGAGUUCCUCACCUGCAUCCCCUUCACCGACAAGUUCUGUGAGAAGUACGAACUGGACGCUCAGCUACACUGAGCUGGCUGCGGGCUCCAGGGGCCACGAGCUCCCACAGUACAGAGCCAGACACCACAACCCUGAGACUCACAGGCGUAUGGGAGUCACCUGCUCCACGAGGGGACUGGCCUGUUUCCUGAACAGACCUCGUGUGCCUUGUUCACUCUGCUGAACCCUUUGUGCUGCCGGGCACUUAUUACACAUCUUCCUGUGAUAACCUCAUUUGCCUCUUGACGACCACCUCACGUGGCCAAUAAAUGGACUGGGAGCGUUUUAGCUGCCAUUAACCUGA